AUGGCCGACAACUCUAGCAAGACUGAGCUCGCGCAGCCGUUUGAGAAGCGGGUAUGGUACCGCUCGCCCAUCACCGCGGCGGUCAUCAUCGGCCUGUGCAACUUUGCUGCUCCCGGACUGUGGGACGCGAUGAACUCGCUCGGCGCAGGUGGUCAGCAGACACCGUGGCUCGUCAACUCGGCCAACGCGCUCACCUUUGCGCUGAUGGUCCUCACGUCGUUCCUCGGCUCGGCGAUAACUGACCUCGUCGGUGUCAACUGGGCCCUCUUCCUCGGCGGCGUCGGCUACGUACCCUACCUCGCCGGGCUGUAUUGCAACUCUGUCUUCGGAACGAAGUGGGUCAUCCUCUUCGGCGCGACCACCUGCGGCCUCUCUGCGGGCCUGUUCUGGGCCAUCGAGGCCUCUAUUGCAUUCAGCUACCCCGAACCCGAGCGCAUGGGUCUCUUUCUCGGUAUCUGGAUGAGCUUCCGUGUGCUCGGCCAGAUUGUCGGUGGCGCCAUCAACCUCGGCAUGAACGUCAACAGGGACACCGAGGGCUCCAUCAACCCCAAGGUCUACCUCGUCUUCGUCGGUCUCCAGGCAGCCGGACCCUUCCUUUCCUUCCUCAUGCCAAAGCCCCACUGGGUGCAGCGCCGCGAUGGCCAGCCCGUGCGCCUGUACACCAACAUCCCGAUCCUGCACGAGCUGCGCGAGACGACGCGCGUGCUCUUCUCGAAGAACUUCCUCCUCCUCAUCCCGCUCAUCAUCGCCGGUAUCUUCCCCGAGUCUUUCAUCUUCACCUACAUGGCCUCGCACUUCACUGUGCGUGUCCGUGCGCUCGGCUCGUUCAUCGGCGCUAUUGCAUGCGUCAUUGUCGCCAACAUUGUCGGAACGUACCUCGACAUCCGCCGCAUAUCCGACAAGACAAAGGCGCGCGUCACGUUCGGUGCACUCAUGGCGCUCAUGGGAGGCUGGUGGAUCUGGACCAUUGUCCUCGAGAACAACUUCCCCAACGGCGGUGAGGCGAUCGACUGGAAGUCCAAGUACUUUGGCCGCACGUUCGCCCUCUACAUCCUCCUCAUGUCAACGUACCAGUGCUUCUACCUCUACGUGUACUUUGUCUCCAGACAGAUGGCCAAGACGCACGCCGACGCCGUCCGCAUCGCUGGUCUCGUUCGCAUGGUCCAGAGCGCCGCCCAGGCUGUCUCUUAUGGCACCAACUCUAUCGAGAGCUUUGCUCUGCUUGGAUCAGCCACCCUCAACUUUGGGCUCUGGGGCCUCGCCAUUCCCUUCACCGUCAUUCUCAUCCGCAAGGUCGGCGUCACCCUCAAUGGUCCUCCUGCCGAUCGUGGCGAUGAUGAGGAUGACCACGUGUCUAGCGCUCCAACUCUUGCGCGCAGCGACAGCAAGGAGCAGCGAUGGGACGGUUCAAAUUCCGACUUAGACACGCUUAUCGUUAUCAUAUCUGAUCUCCUUGGCCUCGGUGUCUGGCGACGACGGCACCUGCUUCAAGUCGCGCUCGUCAUGGAGGUGGUUCUGGGUGUGAAGUUCGGCCUUGUCGCCGUCAAAGAUGACUGCAAUCUCCUCGAGCAUGCGGCCCUUGGUUUCGGGGAAGGCGAAGUAGAUGACGACAAUGGCGAAGAUCAAGACGGCGAGGAAGACAAAGUACCCCCGCGCCACCGAACUCUCCGUCCAAGGAAAGCGAUAUCUGACGAUCUCAACGCCCCGUGCGCGCGAUGCACCCGGCUCGGGCUGGCGUGCGAGUACAACCAUCUCCGGCGAGGACCGCCGAAGGGGUUCAAGCGCAAGCGGAGGCUCCAGGGGAGCGAUGAUCCGUCCCCGGUGGAGUCGAUAUCGCCUGGCACGGCUACACCAGCAGGCCCAGGGGCAGCCUCAGGCCACCAUGCUACGGAUGAGGCAGUGCUGCCGACACCAUCCUCCGACGCGCUAUGGCUCGCGUUGUCGUCCGUGGCCCAGUCGACGGGGGCGAGCGGACCGUCAGCGAUCCACCCACCAGGAGUGUCAGCUGCGCGCAUGAGGGCCGACAGGCUAGACGAGCUGGCGCCGCUGCUCCGGUCGACACCAGCAGCUGGCAAGUCGCCCCAAGGGGUCUUUCCGCUCGUGAGGCCGUUCUACCCCGAUCUAGAAUCCCGACCUGCAAAGAUGAAGAAGACGCUCGAGACAUACCUGGAGCCCCGGAUCGGCGACGAAGACAGUCGUUUCCCUUCUAUCGAGCCCGAGGAACGAACGCAUGCAACCUUGGAGGCUGGAGACGGUACACCUGGAACUGUGCUCGACCUCUUGGUGUCGCAGUCCCACCGCACGCCGACGCUUCCCAUCCCUGAUCCCGUUAGCGUCGGGCUACUAUCCGAGCCCGAAGCCCAGUGGCUCUUCAAGCGGUUCGCAGAGCACGUCUCCCCGUCGUCCCACAUCUUCGACCACGCGUACCACACCUACGAGCGAGUCCGGCGCUCGCCAGUGCUGUUCACGGCGGUGAUGUACGCCGCGGCGCGCUUUUUCCGCCCCCACCUGGCGGACUGGUGCCUCGACAUGGCGGAGACGGGCAUCGCGCGGGCAAUGAGGAAUGCCGACGUGGAUUUACCGCUUGUCCAAGCGCUGCUGACGCUCGUGUACUGGAAGCGACCCAAGGAUCCGACUGCGUACUAUAAGCUCGGGCUGGCGACGCGGUGCAUUUGCCAGCUGGGUGUCAAGUGGCAGAUCGACGAGUGGGACCCGUCGACUGUGGCUGAUGACGAGGAGAGGGAACGGGCGAAAGUCGACGCGGAGAGGGUGGCUUACACUGCAUUCGGCAUGGACAACUCGUACGGCGUCAUGUUCCGUCUCCCGUCCAUGGGCUGGCCUAUCCCACCAGCGCGCAAGCUGCGGGUCUGGGCGGAGAAUCACGCCCAUCUCGGCGUCACGGGCGACUUCUUCAAGGUGUUCUUGACCGAAUGCUGGGAAAUGCACCAGGAAAUCGGCGAAUAUUCGCGCCCCCCAUCGACCGACAACGAGUCCGUGGACGAGCUGACCGUCUGCUCCCUGGCAAUGGAGCACGUCACUGUCCUCUCGGAACGGUGGCUCAAUGACCCGCAGCCGACGGGGGUUCUGCGCCUUAUCAUGGUGCUCAUACUCAAGAUGAUGCUGAUGAAGCGGCAUGUCGUGAGUCUGCUGCACGGCCUGUCGACCAUCUCGGCCGUGCUCGAUUUGUUCAAGGAGUGCGCGGAUGUCGUCGUUCAGCUGGUAUCGAGCGGCGAGGUCAUUUUCCUGUCCGACAUGUCGACAGUGUCGCUCUCCGUGCCGGUGUUACUGGCCUUUCAUGAAGACGUGUCGCGAACAAUCUCGAUCCUGCGCACGACGUCCGAGGCCGUCGAUCGCCUCACCCCACUCACAGGGGACGACCACCCUCUGUGCUACGUCCAACGGUGUCACCACCGUGUACUGAGCGCGCUUGAGCGCUUCCAGCCGAACCAAACACCCCAGGCCAACGACUACCAGGACGUGCAACUCCUGGGCGAUAAUUGGACGCACGCCCCUGCUCCUGAUCUUAGUAACGACAGCGCCUUUCUGAAUGACCCGUUCUGGCUGUAUCCCACCCAUCGCGUCGAGGACCUGGUCUCGCGCCUCACGCUCGAAGAGAAGGCCGGGCUCAUGUUCCACAUGAUGAUCAUCCCGUCUGACGACCUCGACGACGUGAGCCCCACCUGGGGGUUCCCCUCCACGGCCAGCCUUCUCAACCUCGGUCUGUCGCACUUCAACAUCAUGGGCGGCUUCGACACGGCAAAGGAGUUUGCAGAGUACACCAACAAGAUCCAAACGGCGGCGCGGAACACGCGCCUCGGGAUCCCCGUCACCCUCUCCACGGACCCGCGGCACGCGUUCACCGACAACCCGCAGCUGUCGCUCAAGUCGGGCCCAUUCUCCCAGUGGCCUGAGAGCAUCGGCCUCGCGGCCAUCGGCGACGCGGAGCGGAUGGAGGCGUACGCCGACAUCGUGCGGCAGGAGUACAUUGCUGUGGGGAUGCGCAUGGGGUUGCACCCGCAGGCGGAUCUGGCCACCGAGCCCAGGUGGUCGCGCAUCCCCGGCUCCCUGGGCGAGGACAACAACCUUGCGUCCGAGCUCGUCACGGCGCAUAUCCGCGGUCUGCAGCAGGCCAAGUUUGGCCCGACUUCCGUCGCGGCCUGCGUGAAGCACUUCCCCGGAGGUGGGCCACUGAAGAACGGCUUCGACAGCCACUUCAAGUGGGGCAAGGACCAGAUCUACCCCGGCGACCAGUGGGACUACCACCUCAAGCCGUUCCGCGCCGCCGUGGCCGAGGGUACGCGGUACAUGAUGCCCGCGUACGGACGGCCAGUGGGCACGCGGUAUCCCGAGGUCGGGAUGGCGUUCAACAAGCCCGUCGUGACCGGCUGCCUGAGAGAAGAGCUGGGGUACAAGGGCGUGGUUGUCUCGGACUGGGGCAUCCUUAUCGACUACGGCACCGAGGAGAAGCUGGGCGACCUGGCCCCCGCGCGCGCAUGGGGGGUCGAGCACCUCUCCCCGCUUGAGCGUGUCGUCGUGGCCCUCGACGCUGGGAUCGACCAGUUUGGCGGGCAUGGCGAGCCGCACUUCAUCGUCGAGGCGGUCAAGAGUGGCCGAGUGCCAGAGUCGCGGAUCGACGAGAGCGCCCGCCGUAUCCUUCGCGACAAGUUCGAGCUUGGAUUGUUCGAGUCGCCGUUCGUCGAUGUCGAUGCCGCUGGCGCCGUCGUGGGCAGGAAAGAAUUUGUCGCUGCCGGCCUUGUGGCGCAGAAGGACGCCGUGACGCUACUCAAGAACGCGGAACACAACGGCAAGCCACUCCUUCCCCUCUCCCCCAACGCCAAGGUGCACCUCGUGGGCUUCAAGCAGAGCGCAGCCGACCUCGGCGUCACCGGUGCGGACAUCGACUGGGCCGACGUCGCCGUCGUCCGCCUCCAGACGCCGUGGGAGGCGAAGGGCAACGGCGCGUUCUGCACCAUGUUCCACCACGGCAAGCUGGACUUUGACCAAGCGACGCUGGACCAGGUCGCCGACCUGGCCAAGAAGGUGCCGGUCGUGCUGGAGAUUUUCGCCGACCGACCUCCGAUCCUCGGCUCGCUCGACGACGAUGCCAGCGCCAUCAUGCUGUCGUAUGGGCUGUCAGAACCCGCCCUCGUUGACGUGCUGUAUGGCCACUCGCCCAAGGGCAAGCUGCCGUUCGACCUCCCGCGGUCGAUGCAGGCGCUCGAGGCGGCCGGUGCCAUCAAGCAUGUCUGGUACCGCUCACCGAUUUACGCCGCCUUCAUCAUUGGCAUCUGCAACUUCUGUGCCCCAGGAUUGUGGACCGCGAUGAACGCCAUCGGUGGCGGAGGCCAAGCGACUCCUUUCCUUGUCAACGCGGCAAACGCGUUGACAUUCACCCUGAUGGUUGGCACUGCUUUCCUCGGCUCAACAGUUUUGAACGUCGUCGGCGUCAACUGGGCACUGUUUCUGGGCGCGGCAGGGUACGCGCCGUACGUGGCGGGCCUGUACACCAACACCGUGUACGGUACCAAGUGGCUGAUGCUUUUCGGCGCCACGACGUGCGGGAUCUCGGCCGGUCUUUUCUGGGCGAUCGAGGCAUCUGUCGCGUUCGCAUACCCUGAGCCCGAGCGACUCGGAAGGUUCCUUGGCAUCUGGACGUCGUUCUCUGUCGGAGGAAAGCUCGUCGGCGGCGCAAUCAACCUCGGCAUGAAUGCCAACCGUGGCACGGCAGGCUCCAUCAACCCCAAGGUAUUCCUCGUGUUCGUUGCCCUCCAGGCCGCUGGACCAUUCACGGCGUUCCUCCUUCCCCGCCCCGACAAGGUGCAGCGCCGUGACGGCAAGGCGGUCAAAAUCUACAGCGAUCACAAAGCUUGGGAUGAGAUUAAGGCAACCUGGCGUGUUCUGUUGUCCAGGGAGGUCCUCCUGCUUGUCCCGUUCAUUGUGCAAGGACUCUUUCCCCAGUCGUGGGUCAACACGUACAUGGGCUCGCAUUUUACUGUCCGUGUCCGUUCCCUUGGAGCGUUUGUCGCCGCGGUGGCGUGCGUGAUCAUCAGCAAUGUUGUCGGAAAAUACCUCGACCUCAGCAAAGUUUCCCUCAAAGCUCGUGCCCGAUACACAUUCAUCUGGUUCACCGUCACUCGUGGAGCCUGGUGGAUCUGGGCUCUCGUCCUCGAGUCCAACUUCCCCACUGACAAGGCAAUCGACUGGACGUCGCCACUGUUCGGCAAAACAUUUGCCCUCUACGUCCUGUUCAGCGCCAACCUGCAAGGGCUUUUCAUGUACACGUACUUUGUGUGCAAGAACGUGUGCAAGACCCAUGAGGACGAGGCACGCGUCGCUGGACUCCUCCGUGCCGUGCAGUCGGCCGCCAUGGCGGUUGCAUACGGCACCAGCUCGAUCAAGAGCUUUGCACAGCUUGGGUCUGCCGCGCUCAACUUUGCUCUCUGGGGCGUGGCGAUCGUGCCCACGUGGUUUGUCAUCCGCCGGAUUGGCAUCGACCUCAACGGCCCCGUGGCAAAGGAUAAUGAUGAGCAUGACGAAGGGCAGGUGGCGCAUUUGCCCCAGUCCGACAAUGAACAAACGGUCCACAGAACGCCGGGUACGGCUCACGGCCUCGUGAUCGCCACUACUGCUUCUGAUGGCGAGCUCGUCACCACGUCGCUCGAGGCCCCGAGUUGA